GCGAGAGGAUCUCUCGGCCCAUAUCAUUAUCGAGCUUUUGAUAUUCACGGGCCAGCACCGAGUCUUGAACUUGGAAUCCGCGGCUGUGGACUGGCUACUGAAUCAGCAGAUCGAGCUGACUCUGGCUGCGCGCGACAGGCUGAAGGCUCUUGCAUCGUACAUCAAAGUCUGCAAAAAACCGACCGGAUACCGUGAUUAUUUUGCUGCGAAGGGCCAUUUGUUUCUGGGCUUGAUACACUGCGUUCAGAAAAAAACAGGACGCUGUCCCAUUUCAAUUGUACAUGCAGUGUGCGAUAGAUUGCACUCAGUCAAUGCAAUGAAAGCGGGACACCCAGCGUUUGCCGCCUCAAAAUAUCUCACAUUGGCCUUGCUAUCAACUCGCAAUCCAUCUGUUUCCCACAAUGCUCGAAGAAGACGCUCUCGAUAGAUGCUGCUGCGCUGCGAUGCCGCGGUGGCGCUGUGUAGAAUCGGGUGCCAUAGGGACUGCGCUGGCCAAGGAGGAGUCGGCACAGCCGCGCCAUGGGUUCUGGCUGGCAGUAGGGUUUGAGUUGCUGCUGCAGGUGGUGCUGGUGGUGCUGGUGGUGCUGCUGGUGCUGCUGGUGCUGCUGGUGGUGGAAUUGAAAAUACAGAGUUUUUGCGAUGAGCCCACCAACUUUGACUGGGUUCAUGUGACUGCAUCUGAGGGGGCCGAUCGCGAGCCGCCUGGGGCCACCCGGAGCCGCCCCGAGCCACCUGGAGCCACUCAGAACCGUUUGCGGAUGCAGCCGAGACAUGGUUGGACAGGGCUGGCGGCUCGAUGGACAUGGAGAAACGGGGGCGACUGGCAUGGCGAGAUGGGGCCGUGGGCUGGAGGCUCGGCCGGAGGGGGAAACGCAGGCCACAUGUCGAUGGCAAACUCGGGCGGCGGUCCAUGGGUCCGUGGGCUUGAUGGCCAAGCCAAUGGGGUGAGCGGCGAGCUUGCAAUAUCCCGGAGUUGCACAGAUCAGUGCGCCAGACAGGGCAUGGGUCGCCAGACCGUCCGCGGGUCCACCUCAGUCCAUCUCUCGAUGGCACUCAUCCACCACACGCACUGGUUCUCGUUCGGCAGGUGGAUCGCAAUCUCCUUGGGCGAUGGCGUGUCGUCAGCGGGGGAAGAGCGGCUGCAGACACCAUCGAGUGUUGCUCUCCGAAUGCGAAUGCGAAUGCGAAUGCGGACCGGGCUUAUCCGUUUUGGCGGCGGGCUGGUUUUCUGGUGA